AUGCCGGGCAUGCCGUCAAGAAUCUCUAGAAACAGGCGUUCUCUCGGACAGGGGCUGGAUCGGGAAGUCUACCAAGUAACCCGGAAAAUUGCAGACGAACGAACGCAGUAUGGCGAUACCAGCUUUCGAUUGUCCUUCGCGCUCGUCUACGAUGAAAUCAGGCGGUCCAACUCGAGUCUUAACAGAAAGAACAAGAAGUUGUUGGAGGACAGCAUUGAGCGCGUGAUCGAGACGAUCGAGCAGGAAAAUGCAGGAGAUUCAGCAUGCGAGUCGGCCGAUGAGCAUUUUGGUGGCCGGGAAAGCGAAGGAGCAGUAUUCACCAAACCUCCAUCCAACGGCCUAAACAGAAGCAUAGUUGGCAUGUGGUCUGUUGCGUCACCUAAAGGUUCAUCUACGCCUAAGCUGGACGGAGAUGCGUCACUCAAUGGAGCAGCUAUACCUACCACCAACGAGACGGCUGCCUCGAACAAGCGACGUCAAGCUAAUGGCGAGCCUCUAAGCAAGAGAAGAAAAGCAGCGCCUGCUGCAAUCGAUAAGUCUCCGCCAAGUCAUAUAAGCCUGGCGGAUGUUGGAGGUGUGGACAACGUUAUCCAGCAAUUCGAAGAUCUGCUUGUGCUACCUAUGACUCGCCCUGAGAUCUACGCUGCGUCGAAAGUCCAGCCUCCACGUGGCGUGCUCAUUCACGGGCCUCCUGGCUGUGGCAAGACCAUGAUUGCCAAUGCUUUCGCUGCCGAGCUGGGCGUGAACUUCAUCUCUAUCUCAGCCCCUUCCAUCGUUUCAGGCAUGUCGGGGGAAUCUGAAAAGGCUCUUCGCGACCAUUUCGACGAAGCUAGGAAAUGUGCUCCCUGUCUUGUCUUCAUCGACGAGAUUGAUGCUAUCACCCCCAAGAGGGAAAGUGCACAGCGAGAAAUGGAAAAGAGGAUAGUGGCGCAGUUGUUGACCUGCAUGGACGAUCUGGCCCUUGAGAAGACUGAUGGCAAGCCUAUUGUCGUUCUUGCUGCGACCAACCGACCAGACAGCCUCGAUGCCGCUCUAAGAAGAGGUGGAAGAUUCGACAAGGAAAUCAAUAUGACUGUGCCAAGCGAGCCGGUAAGGGGCCAGAUACUGCGCGCCUUGACCCGAGAAACCAACCUUGCGGCCGAUGUAGAUUUUGAUCUUCUCGCAAAACGUACUCCCGGGUUCGUGGGUGCAGACCUCAACGAUCUGGUUUCGACUGCGGGAGCUGCUGCAAUCAAGCGUUAUCUGGCUGUGCUGAAAUCACACUCGGAGACUGCCACCAUCGACGUCGACAUGGAUAGUACUGUAUCCAAAGAGAAGAUACAUCCGCCAUGCGCAGAGCCCAGUCCUGUUUCUUCUGUUGUAACCUCGUUACGGAAAUUGAUAAAAUACACAAAAGAGACCUCGUCCUCGUCCGGUACUGAACCAAAUGCCAUUGAGAUCUCUCAGAAAGACUUUCUCACCUCACUUCCUCUGGUUCAACCCUCUGCGCUGCGAGAAGGGUUCGCCACCAUACCCACGACGACAUUCGCCGACAUAGGAGCACUUCGUCAGCACCGCACGGAGCUACUUUCCACCAUCAUCCAGCCCAUUCUUGAUCCUGGUCUAUACUCCCGUGUUGGCAUUACCGCUCCGUCAGGUAUGCUCUUGUGGGGUCCGCCCGGCUGUGGGAAGACACUCCUCGCCAAAGCGGUGGCGAACGAGAGCAAAGCCAAUUUUAUAUCUGUCAAAGGCCCUGAACUGCUCAAUAAAUACGUAGGCGAAUCUGAACGUGCUGUGCGCCAGGUCUUUGUGCGUGCGAGAAGUUCUGUUCCGGUGGUGAUCUUUUUUGACGAGCUAGAUGCAUUGGUGCCGAGACGUGAUGGCGCGAUGUCAGAGGCGUCGGCCAGGGUGGUCAAUACCUUGCUGACAGAACUCGAUGGAGUCGGGGGGGCAAGAGAGGGUAUCUACAUCAUUGCCGCGACCAAUCGACCCGAUAUCAUCGAUCCUGCCAUGCUUCGGCCAGGUAGAUUGGAAACUUUGCUGUUUGUCGGACUACCAAGCGCCGAAGAGCGAGUGGAGAUCAUGAGGACACUGGUUCACAAGUCCUUGAAGAACGUCGAGUUUACCCGACAGAUGGCAGAAGUGGCGGAGGCGUGUGAUGGCUUCAGCGGAGCAGAUCUGGAGGCUCUGUUGCGGAGAGCCGGUUACGCGGCGAUACGGAAGGGGACCGUGGCGCGAGGUAUCGAUGGUGAGGAUCUUCAGCGAGCCAGAGAUGAAGUACGGAGGAGCGUCAGCGACAAAGACUUGGUCAGAUACGAGAAGCUGAAGGUUGAGUGGGGCACGGGCAUUGGAGGAGCUGCAUAG